CUUUCGUGCCUGUAAACGGAAGCGCAAAUUCAACAGGAUCAGGCCUGGGGUAGUAAAGAUGCAAUUUUUUCAGGUGCUCGUGAAACCUUUUUUUGGCAGAAGCUGAUGGCAUUGCUUGCUUCAGUUUUUCGCUGCAUGUUCGCCUGUCUAAUUCAGGCAUGCAUGCCGGAGGGAGGCGUCCGGGAGGCCGCUGCUCCCGCCACUUCUCCAGGAUCUCCAUCCGGCCGUGCUUCAAAACGGCCAAGCGCUCCUCUAUAUAACCUGCUGCUGCGCCUGUGGUCCUGUGCUUCCUGCCGCCUCCUUGUCCUUUGGUGAUCACACCCGGAUCAAAUCCUAUUAACAUUUGGAGCAUGGCUGAAGAGAAGAAGAGCCAGCCGCGGCUGAACGAGCGGAUCAUGUCGUCCCUCUCAAAGCGGUCGGUCGCCGCACAUUCCUGGCAUGACCUUGAGAUAGGACCUGGAGCCCCUGCUGUUUUCAACUGUGUUGUUGAGAUCACAAAGGGCAGUAAAGUGAAAUAUGAGCUUGACAAGAAGACUGGAUUGAUCAAGGUUGACAGGGUGCUAUACUCAUCAGUGGUCUACCCACACAACUAUGGUUUCAUACCACGCACGCUGUGUGAAGAUGGAGACCCGAUGGAUGUGCUGGUGCUGAUGCAGGAACCAGUGAUACCUGGCUGCUUUCUUCGGGCAAGGGCCAUUGGCCUUAUGCCUAUGAUUGAUCAGGCAUGAUGCAUUUUACGGAUUUUUCAUUAAAAGGUUUACAUAUCACAUUAUGUUGGAUUGAUAGUGUAUCUGUUUCUGCCUUUCUUCAAUGACUAGGGCGAGAAAGAUGACAAGAUAAUUGCAGUUUGUGUUGAUGAUCCUGAAUAUCGUCACUUAACUGAUCUCAAGGAGCUGUCUCCCCACCGCCUCAAUGAAAUCCGUCGCUUCUUUGAAGACUACAAAAAGAAUGAGAACAAGGAAGUUGCUGUGAACGAGUUCCUGCCACCAACUACUGCCCUGGAGGCCAUUCAGCACUCAAUGGACCUAUACGCUGAAUACAUCCUGCACAGUUUGAGGCGCUAGAUCUCGUUUCCAUAUGGAACAAUCCCUCUACUGGUCUCCGGGGGGAAAUGAAGCAAUAAUCGAUCAGCCUCCUGGUUUUGUUUCAGGAACCAUUUUUGCAGUAUAUAUAUUUGAAUCCAGGGAUAAUGUAAUUCUUCUGCAAAUUAUCGCAGAAUAUCCUAAUAAAGAGAUAUUGUAUACUUGUACACAUUUUUUGUGGAAUAUUUGAAUCAACGACUGGAUUGUCU